AAAUUUUCGACGCAGUGUUCCUGAUAAUUUUGGAAUUUCGGGUUUCUAACCGAAAUUAUUUAAAACAUUCGUGAUUUAUUAAGUUUUUAUCUGAAGUGUGUAGCUAGCACGGCAUAACUGUCAAUCUGGGUGUAGAAAUUUAUUUUGUAAUUUUCACCGGUUCAUAUGUGUAAUUUCCGAAUGUGUUAGACAAAAUAAUAUUGAAUAAACGUUCAUUGCGAAAUAAUGUUCUAUAGUGUAUGUGGUGCAUAAAUCAGUGCGAAAAUGGAUGACGGUAGCGUGAAGAUCCAGUCUGGAAUUAACAUCAACAUAAAACGAACAGAUGGCCGGAUCCACUCGGCGAUCGUGUCUGGGGUCAACCUGGAGACUCGCUCGGUCACCGUGGAGUGGUACGAGCGCGGCGAGACGAAAGGCAAGGAGGUGGAGAUCGACGCCAUCUUGGCGCUAAACCCCGAGCUGGCCGGCACCCGCCACCACACGCCGCACCUACAGCCCAUGCCCAACAAACUCGCGAGGGACAUGACGCGACAAUCCAUCCCUGUGGCGACUAAAGCGCCAUCUCGAGUCACCCGCAACAACCAGAUGCGGUUGUCGAACGCAGGCGGCGCAUACACCAACGGCCACGGGGGCGACACGACGGGGCGGCGCGGCGCCGAGAACGUGCCGCCGCCGCAGCCGCAGCCGCAGCAGCCGCCGCCCAACUCCAGGGUCACGCAGCAGUUCACAGCACCAAGCACGGGCGUACCAGGUGCGCGGGCAGCCGGUGUAUCAAGCACAGUAUCGGUACCCCAUGCGGUGGCAUCGGGCGCGGUGCGGCGAUCCAACGUUGUAAAAGAAGUGGAGCGGCUCAAGGAGAACCGUGAGAAGCGCCGCCAGAGGCAGGCCGAGCUCAAGGAGGAGAAGGAAGCACUAAUGAACAUGGACCCCGGCAACCCCAACUGGGAGUUCCUGGCCAUGAUUCGCGAGUACCAGAACAGCAUCGAGUUCCGGCCGCUGACCGGCAACGAGCCCGUCGAGGACCACCAGAUCACCGUCUGCGUCCGCAAGAGGCCGCUCAACAAGAAGGAAGUGGCCAAAAAGGAGGUGGACGUGAUAAGCGUGCCCACCAAAGACCAGAUGAUAGUCCACGAGCCUAAGAACAAAGUGGACCUCACGAAGUACCUUGAAAACCAGAAGUUUCGCUUCGACUACGCCUUCGACGACUCCUGCACCAAUGAAGUUGUUUACAAAUACACGGCCAAGCCGCUGGUGCAGACGAUCUUCGAAGGCGGCAUGGCCACGUGCUUCGCCUACGGGCAGACCGGCUCCGGCAAGACGCACACUAUGGGUGGCGACUUCCAGGGCAAGACGCAAGACUGCAAGAAGGGCAUCUACGCGAUGGCGGCUCGCGACGUGUUCGCGUAUCUGAAGUCGCCCAAGUACAAGCCGCUCAACCUCAUCGUCUCCGCCUCCUUCUUCGAGAUCUACUCCGGGAAGGUGUUCGACCUGCUAGCUGACAAGGCGAAGCUGCGCGUGUUAGAGGACGGCAAGCAGCAGGUGCAGAUCGUGGGGCUGACGGAGAAGGUGGUGGACAACGUCGACGAGGUGCUCAAGCUCAUCCACCACGGGAACGCCGCGCGCACCUCCGGACAGACGUCAGCAAACUCGAAUUCGUCGCGGUCGCACGCGGUGUUCCAAAUAGUGGUCCGCUCGCCCGGCAUGCACCGCGUGCACGGCAAGUUCUCGCUCAUCGACCUCGCCGGCAACGAGCGCGGCGCCGACACCUCCAGCGCCAACCGCCAGACGCGCAUGGAGAGCGCAGAAAUCAACAAAUCCCUGCUAGCCCUGAAGGAGUGUAUUCGUGCGUUAGGAAUGAAGGGCAACAACCACCUGCCCUUCCGAGUGUCCAAACUAACGCAAGUGCUUCGCGACAGCUUCAUCGGCGACAAGUCGCGCACCUGCAUGAUCGCCAUGAUCUCGCCCGCCAUGUCCUCGUGCGAGCAUUCGCUGAACACGCUGCGAUACGCAGACAGAGUGAAGGAGCUGGGCACGAAUGACGCGCGGCGCGCCGAGUCGCCGCUGGCUGAUGUCGACAUGGAGCCAGCGCACGACGACCUGGCGCAUCUACGCUCGCUCAACGAAGGCGACAUGUCAGCAGAGAUGUACACGUUCCACGAGGCCAUCGACGAGCUGCAGCGCGCCGAGGAGGAGGUGCUCGACAACCACAAGGCCAUCUCCGACUACCUGCAGCACGCGCUGCAACGCUGCUCCCAGCUGCUGGCGCUCACGCGGGACGUGGACUACGACCAGGACGGUGGGUGCUGUACUACCACAAGGCCAUCUCCGACUACCUGCAGCACGCGCUGCAACGCUGCUCCCAGCUGCUGGCGCUCACGCGGGACGUGGACUACGACCAGGACGGUGGGUGCUGUACUACCACAAGGCCAUCUCCGACUACCUGCAGCACGCGCUGCAACGCUGCUCCCAGCUGCUGGCGCUCACGCGGGACGUGGACUACGACCAGGACGGUGGGUGCUGUACUACCACAAGGCCAUCUCCGACUACCUGCAGCACGCGCUGCAACGCUGCUCCCAGCUGCUGGCGCUCACGCGGGACGUGGACUACGACCAGGACGGUGGGUGCUGUACUACCACAAGGCCAUCUCCGACUACCUGCAGCACGCGCUGCAACGCUGCUCCCAGCUGCUGGCGCUCACGCGGGACGUGGACUACGACCAGGACGGUGGGUGCUGUACUACCACAAGGCCAUCUCCGACUACCUGCAGCACGCGCUGCAACGCUGCUCCCAGCUGCUGGCGCUCACGCGGGACGUGGACUACGACCAGGACGGUGGGUGCUGUACUACCACAAGGCCAUCUCCGACUACCUGCAGCACGCGCUGCAACGCUGCUCCCAGCUGCUGGCGCUCACGCGGGACGUGGACUACGACCAGGACGGUGGGUGCUGUACUACCACAAGGCCAUCUCCGACUACCUGCAGCACGCGCUGCAACGCUGCUCCCAGCUGCUGGCGCUCACGCGGGACGUGGACUACGACCAGGACGGUGGGUGCUGUACUACCACAAGGCCAUCUCCGACUACCUGCAGCACGCGCUGCAACGCUGCUCCCAGCUGCUGGCGCUCACGCGGGACGUGGACUACGACCAGGACGCGUACGCGACGCAAUGGGAGGAGCUUCUAAACGAGCAGUUAGCCGUACUGGCGCAGUCUCGCGACCUGGUGGCCGAGUUCCGCGCCAAGAUGCAGCAGGAGGAGCACAUCUCACGUCGCAUCCAACCGCGUCACCACUAGCGCCGACUACCAGGCAGCGAGAGAUUUGUAAGCGGAAGGUGAACUGUGUAUUCAAAGCUGGCAACACCAGCGGACUUAACGCCAUUAUGUUUUUUGUUCAACAAGCCGUGAUGACAAUCCUAACGUUCCUAGUUUCCGGUGAAAAUUAGUAACCCGCUAAAAGUGAAUUAAACAAGGCUGUUUCGAGUUAGUCGACCUGAUGACAGUUGAAUUCGAUGUGAGUAGUUUUUUUUUGUUUGAUGUUUCGCGUUAUCGUUUACAAAUCUCACUCUCAACCGUGAUGGACUGUCGAACCGUCUGCGUUUCGGUGCCGCGUACUCGUUUGAUGUAUCGGGAGAUAGAUAGGAGACGCGUUUGUGAUGUUUCGAGAAUAGAAUCUCUACGGAAUCGUUUGUAUCGCUGAUCUCUGUGUACAUGACGGUAGAUGUGUUGUGACGUCACUGCGCCCGUUCGCAGUGACCCGGAAUUUUAACGAGAUCAAAUCACCAGAAGUAUUCAAUCGAAACCGAAGAAUAUUCCGUAGCUGGCCUACUAUUGUUUCGCUUUUUUUCUCGUAAAAAUUUUCCGUACGCAUGUUUUGUUUUUCAUCUUUCAUUUCUCUUCGUGAAACUUAAUUACAAUGACGUCAUCGACGCAAUUAGUGCCGUCGUGUUAAGGAAACGAUAGACUGUUUAUUGUAGGGAGUGUUAAAAGCACAAACGCGCUGAUUGUGUUUAUUUUGCCUGGAACGGUAGCGUCGAGCGUCCACUCGACGUCAUCGGUCGUUUCGAAAUCGAUUCGUGUGUAAGUCAACGCUAUUUGGUGCGAUUAUUGUUUAAUUUAUAUAGAAACGUUAUUACGUUGAUUCCUUAGCCCCUAACAUAAGUGACCUAUUAAUUUCUGAAUGCAUUUAACUCCGCUAAGGCCUACUUCUAAAAUUGUAGAUAUUUGUAUGGAUUGGAAGUACAAAGUGGCGUCGCGAGAGCCAGUGAUGUGUGUUGCAUGACAGUAGUGCGUCUAGUUCGGUGCGUCAGAGUAUUACAUGUAAUGUUGUGAAACAAAUUGUUUGUCGGUUACAUUUGAAAUUUAGCUUGCUCCGUUUUGCGCGAAUUUGGUAUUCACUAAAUAUUCUUUUUCUGAAUCGAACGUUAACAUUGUAUAGGAUUUUUCUUAGUUAUAUGUGGCUCAUAUUCUAAUGAUUUUGACAAUUUGUAUAUGUCCUCAAUCCUCAGUCAAUACCAGCCUCGCGCAAGCAACUUGAGCAUUUAUACAUAAGAGUUUAAGGUUUGUUGUAAUUCGGUAACAUAUCUUUUGCCUUACAAAGUCGCUUGUUAUUACUAUCGUUAUACGACUCGAUGUGAGAUAUGUAAACUCGUCCUUAUUUCUAUGGAGAUAGGUUUGUUUUACAGCGACAACGAAAUGAUAUCUGCCAGUGUUGAAGUUUAAAAAAUUGUAAUUGGAAUGUUGACUGUUCAGCAAAAUACAAAAAAGGUAAAAUGGUAUUGCAGACAUCCUAGCAGAUAUGUAAUUUUGUUGUUGGCUGUAUUUUGAAAGAAUAUAUAAAUUUUUCGCACCUGGAAAUGGAUGGGACUGUGAGAUUAAAAUCGAUUCCUUCCAGUAUCGAGAUUAUGCUUGGACUCAGCUCAAAAGGAUCCGAGUCUCAACUGAUUUUCUCGCGCUGUGCAAGCGGGAGGUGCAUCUUAGCUCGUUAUCGAUAUUUCAGUUUGAGUGCGGCGGCCAUAUUUUAUUUACAUAGUGAUUUCGGACAUUGGCGUACUCUGAUAAUGGCACUCAAACGACCAUCGACGUAGACACGGUUGUAUUAUAAUUUUAUUGUUAGUCUAACACCCUGUUAAUGUAACAUGUAAUGUAACAAAUAAAUAAUGCUUAGGCUUACCAGGACAUCGUCAACUUUGUGUUUUGAUUGUACCCCGGGCUCGAGCGAGCCGAUGAGGUGUUGUGUAUAGUAGCCUCUUUCCAGCGAUGAACUAAAUAAGACAUUAAGAACAUCGACGCCGCGAGCGUGCCCCGUGGCCGCGCAGGCGUCUCGGUGUAACGUAGAUCAAGAUUUAUUUACUAGAGUAAUUAAUGAACAUGACUGACAUGAGCCGGUGAGAUAAAUUUCUAUACACAGAUUUUACUCUUACCUUUGUACUGUAAUUAUAAUUUAUUUUUACUAUUAUCGUCUAAUAAAAAAUACAUUCAUCUCAUAAAAAUCGCAAAACGUGUAACGUGUUUGUUUAAUUAUAAAAAACGUAAAACUACUGAAAAGACUCGUGUAACUGUAAGUUUUUUUUCAAGUCAGUACAUUUAAUAUUUUUUCAUUUAUUUAUUAUGUUGUGAUAAAUCAUUAUAUUGGAGUGUUCCGUGACGGGCGUUCGCGCUUUCUUGUUUUUCGGAGUCGUGCUAAAUUUGUAAUUGAUUGUAAUUCAUUUUGUCAAGCAAUAAGCGUUGUGAAAGUUGUUUUGUGGUCGACCGGUGCUAGGCGGAGGCCGUCGCUUCGAGUUGAGGGUUCGGAGCCGUCGAGAGGCGACGUUGGGCCACUCAACAUACAAACCCGUUGAUGCAAUCGACUCGUGGCUUUCGUAAAUUCCUAAGCUGUCCUGUACUCUGCCGGGGAAGCCAUCUCCGGCCGGUUCUACGUAUACUGUAGCUUACAAAAGAAGUUAUUAGAUAGUGCUUUAUUAAUAAAUGAAUAAAGAAAUCGGCGCUCUGUAUCAGAGUCGCUGCUUACGCCGAUGUUUGAUUGUACUGAACGAAAUCUCUCUUUACUAUAUUUUUUUAAUUGUAUUAUUGAGAUGUGUCGUUUGCCGCGAGGUCGUAGGGAGCGCGGGCGAGCGAGCCCGCGCGUUACGUCUAGUUGAAAUGCUUUAUUAUAAUAAACAUAUUUUAACAUCGCACAUUAUAAUAAAUUAAUCGAAAUUGA